UUUAGGAUUAGUUCGGGUUGAUAAUGUCACUCCGUGAUGUUGAUAAGGUCUGCCGGCUAUCUUGACAUCUCCUUUCCUUCUGUUCAUCUCGAGUCGUGUGUCAACACAAAUCUCGAAUGCGAGCGGCACUGAAAUUUCACAAAUUUCCUGGACAACCCAACUAACUAUGCAAAUGGUUAAAUAUUUAUAUAUGUAACCUUAAGCUUUAACCAUUACAAUUGUGUGCAUUUACCCCUCACGAAAAUCUAAACCUUGAACCAGGGUUCAAACUCAAACGAGUUGCCCAAGUCGCUGAAAUUAAUGGAUUACUCUACAAGCAAUUUAACAGUCUGAUUAUAAGGUUCAUUUAAGUGAAUCCGCCGACAAUCUGCCUUUAUAACAAUGUCAUAUACAUAAUCGCCUCUGGAUUGCCAUGCCAGUUCAGUCCAGUUUCGACACCCAGGAGUCAUGUUAGCAGUGCUGAUCUUUGGCCUAGUCUUGCUCUCGUCUUUGCCUGUGGAGUCCAAGUUCAAGAGUCUCCACUGUGCAAACUACGAUAAAUCUUUGGGCGAAAUUUUACUUUGCAGAAUCAAGGCAAUCAACCGCUAUAGGAAUUCGAUAAGUAUUCAGUUUAGACAGAAGAAGACCGUCAAUAAUGUGCAGAUGCGUUUGGAGCUUUUUAAACGAGCCAAUGGCUGGCGUCCUUUUCUCUACAAUAUUUCAUUUAACCUGUGCGAUUUUCUAGCCAAAAGAAACAAUAUGAUCGUAGGCCUUGGCUACGAAUAUAUCAAGCCUUACAUACCAAUGACGAAUUACACCUGUCCCUUUAAGAAAAAUCAUUUAAUAAAAUGCACGGACCUUGAGUUUGAUAUUGAAAAGUUUCGAGUUCGUUUUCCUAUCGAAACGGGAGAGUACGCCCUGCAGUUGAGUUUUAUCGUCCAAAGGAAAGUCACUUUGACCCUUAAUGGAUCUGCGGAAUACUACAAUUACCGAGAGCACUAGUUCCUAUGGAGUUUCUAUACGAAAAUGAUGUUUCGUAGAAAAAGCACUAGUAUAUAUAUGUAAUUUCUCUGGGCAAGAAGG